AGAGCAAAUCAGCAGCCGAGCCAGACUUCCACCACUGCUCACACUUUGAUAAAAGCUGGCUAGGAGGCUGUGCUCGACCCUUCUCGCCACCACCAGAUCAGUCGCUCCAAUGGCUCAAGACGGAGUCCUGUACUGUGACUCACAGAAAGAAUGCAUCUUAUCUUCUUACAGUAAGAAGGUUCCUAAAAGGAUGGCGUCCCUUCUGGAGAUGAAAGAAAUCUUCCGCAACGCUGACGCAGUGUGCUUUGAUGUGGACAGUACAGUCAUCAGGGAAGAAGGCAUCGAUGAGCUUGCCAAGUUCUGCGGAGUUGGAGAUGCUGUUGCAGAGAUGACCCGCAGAGCUAUGGGUGGCACUGUGACAUUCAAAGCAGCUUUAACAGCACGACUAGGACUCAUACGGCCCUCCUAUGAACAAGUGCAAAAGUUAAUAUCUGACAAUCCACCUCAGCUAACACCAGGAAUACGGGAGCUGGUGAACAGGCUUCAUCAACGAGGGGUUCAGGUCUUCCUGGUCUCCGGGGGGUUUCAGAGCAUCGUGGAGCACGUGGCCCUACAGCUGAACAUUCCUACAGCAAAUGUUUUUGCAAACAGGCUGAAGUUUUACUUUAAUGGAGAAUAUGCAGGAUUUGAUGAAACACAACCAACAGCUGAAUCAGGGGGAAAAGGAAAGGUUAUCACUCAUCUGAAAGAACAGUUCCACUUUAAGAAAGUAGUUAUGAUUGGAGAUGGAGCUACAGACAUGGAAGCCUGUCCUCCAGCUGACUGCUUCAUUGGAUUUGGAGGAAAUGUAAUCAGAAAGCAAGUAAAGGAGAAAGCCAAAUGGUACAUUACUCAUUUUGAUGAACUGCUAAAGGAACUGGAAGAACGAUAAAUUAUACAGUAGAAUAAUAUAUUUAACAGCUGUAAGACAUCUAUAAAAUGCAAUUAAACAUAUAUUUGUUUGCAAA